GCCGCCGGCGUAGCGUUGUCGCUGGCUGGCCGCUGCCCGCGGAGUGGUGAGGGGAGGCGAGAGGCGGCGUGAGGAGAGCCGGGCCGGGGGCGCCGCCAUGGGGAGGCGGCCGCGGGGGCAGCGGCAGCGCGGCCCGCCGCUGAGGGCCCGCGGAGUCCACAGCACCUCUGUAGCCACUCCUGUGGUGUUCCUGUUUUGGUCCUGGCCUUCUGAUCCUGUGCAGAAUACACACAGAUGGGGAACAAGGGAAGAUGAGAAACAACCUUUGGAACGUGGAGCUGGGAGACUGAGGAGCCACGCUGGGAGGACCCUCUCUGCAGGAUGUUCUCUCCACCAAAGAACUCCGUGUAACAGGCGAUGAUGACAAUCCCGGCGGGACCUUGGAAAGCACUAACAUUUCAGUAGCCCAGCACCUGCGGGUGGCCACUUAUCCCUUCUUCUCCACGCCCCACUCUCCCAUCGCUCACCGUGAUGGUGUAUUAACCAAGAAGAGCCCUGCUUCUUUCCUCCUCACCCCUCAACUUUCGGCAGCUCUGGGAUUUGUAUGGCAGCAGCGUAACCGUGGAGAGGCCGGGGUAUCACAAACUUAUGGAUUUUGAUAAGAGAGGAGGGAAAGGGGAGCUGGAGGAAGGUAAAAGAAUGUCCAAGACAGGCGGAGGAAGGAGCAGUCAUGGAAGCCGGAGUGCUGGAACCAACUCGGGAGUCUUAAUGGUGGGUCCCAACUUCCGGGUCGGCAAGAAGAUUGGAUGCGGCAAUUUCGGGGAGCUCCGUCUAGGAAAGAACCUCUACACAAACGAAUACGUAGCUAUCAAAUUGGAACCCAUAAAAUCCCGGGCCCCCCAGCUGCACCUGGAGUAUCGGUUCUACAAACAGCUCGGCAAUGCAGAAGGAAUUCCUCAGGUUUACUACUUUGGCCCCUGCGGGAAGUACAAUGCCAUGGUGUUGGAGCUGCUAGGACCCAGCCUAGAAGAUCUCUUUGAUCUGUGUGAUCGGACCUUCACGCUCAAGACCGUCCUGAUGAUCGCAAUCCAGCUGAUCACACGGAUGGAGUAUGUCCACACCAAAAGCCUGAUCUACAGAGAUGUCAAGCCAGAGAACUUCCUGGUGGGGCGGCCGGGCAGCAAGCGGCAGCACACCAUCCACAUCAUCGAUUUUGGCCUGGCCAAAGAGUAUAUUGACCCCGAGACCAAAAAACACAUCCCCUACCGAGAGCACAAGAGCCUGACAGGGACAGCACGCUACAUGAGCAUCAACACCCACCUUGGGAAAGAACAAAGCCGCAGGGAUGACCUGGAAGCAUUAGGGCACAUGUUUAUGUACUUCCUCCGUGGGAGCCUUCCUUGGCAAGGCCUCAAGGCUGACACGCUAAAGGAGAGGUAUCAGAAGAUCGGCGACACUAAAAGAGCCACUCCAGUGGAGGUGCUCUGUGAGAACUUCCCAGAGGAGAUGGCCACGUACUUGCGUUACGUGCGGCGGCUGGAUUUCUUUGAGAAGCCUGACUAUGACUACCUGCGGAAGCUCUUCACAGACUUGUUUGAGAGGAACGGUUACGUGUUUGACUAUGAAUACGACUGGGCAGGGAAACCGCUGCCCACCCCCAUUGGCACGAUGCACAGCGAGGUGCAGGUGCAGCCCCCGAACAGAGACAAAGCACAGCCACACACCAAACACCAGCCGCCCGAGGGGACGGAGUUGUGGGAUCCUCAGGCCGGUGGGCAGCCUGCCGAGGAGCCUUUGGGAGCUCACCUGGCAGCCGGCAGGCUCGGGGGGUCCGUCCAGGUGAUGAGCUCCACCAACGGAGAGCUGAACACGGACGACCCGACGGCAGGACAUUCGAACGCCCCCAUCACAGCCCCCACCGAGGUGGAGGUGACAGACGAUACAAAGUGCUGCUGUUUCUUCAAGAGAAGGAAGAGGAAAACCACCAAGCGUCGCAAGUGAGCUGCCGGGGCCGGGUGGAGCGGCGUGCACGAUGGCUCCUCUCCCUCUGGCCGUGGCUGGAUCUUGACCUACGGAGCCGGCAGCGGCCCCUCGGUUUGGAAGGGGACGGGGGGGGCCGAGCCGGACGGCCUCCCCCAGCGCCCCACGCGCAGGCGGGGAGCGGGGCCUCCCCAAACUGCUUGUCCUUUCCUCCGCCACUCACCCAGUGUGUGGCCGUUUACUCGAACCAAGCCCAACUUCGCUGAAGUUCCUGCGUCUGUCAAAAAGAGAAAAAAAAAAAAAAAAAAAAAGAAAAGAAAGAAACCGAAACAAAUCCACAUGCUUUUGAGUCUAUAACAAGUUUGAAAAUGGGGAUCAAGUCAACAGACUCUGAACCGUCGCUGUCAGAAGAAGCAGAAGACAAUUUCAAGAGCAGUGGGCUAAGGAGGAAAUUUUUUUUUUUUUUCUGUUGCUUCUUUGUCUCUUAAGUUAAUUUAAAGUGAGUCUCGGUGCA